ACUGCGCAGGCGCCAGCGCAGGUGCUUGUCGUUUGAAAGUAUGGCGCCCGCGGGUCCGCGGCUGGUGCUGUGUGAGGAGAAGAUCCGGGAGAAGAGCGGCCUGGCGCCUCACCACGAUCUGGCUGAGCUCCAGUCAUUGUCUAUUCCUGGAACUUACCAAGAGAAGAUUACUCACCUGGGAACUUCUCUGGUGAACCUAACGGGUCUGAAGUCUCUAGACCUCUCACGCAACUCCUUGGUGAGUCUAGAGGGCGUCCAGUACCUGACCGCGCUGGAGAGCCUGAACCUCUACUACAACAGCAUCUCCUCGCUAGCGGAGGUGCUGUGGCUCCACUCCCUGCCGGAGCUCGCCGCUGUGGACUUCCGGCUGAACCCCGUGGUGAGAAACGAGGCCGACUACCGCCUCUUCGUCGUGCACAUGCUUCCGAAGCUCAGGCAGCUGGAUGACCGUCCUGUGAGAGAGAGCGAGCGGAAGGCGUCCCGGCUGCGUUUUGCGUCAGAGGAGCCACUCGGCUCGCAGCAGAGCUUCCGCACUGGUCCCAGAGCCGGAGGACCGUGCCACUCUAGGGCCCUGCGCGCGGACCCCUCGGCCAAGAAGUGCUUGGUCAUGGACGCAGAUGACGAGGCAGUCCUGAACCUCAUUGCUGAGUGCGAGUGGGACUUGAGCAACCCUCCUGGGAGCACAAGUUCCAGCCAGAGGGAGCGAGAGGCCGACCUCCGUAGUUCUCAAGAAUCCAGACAUCUGUUGAGCCCUCGGUCAGCACAGCCUCAGUGUGGGGACUCCAUCAAGACGGGCCAUGAGAAGAGGAAGGGCAGCUCUCGAGGCUGUGGUCCAGAAAAGAGUCUUCAGGACCAGUACUGGGGGGAGCCGCCCCUGCAGUGUGGACAGCACGUGCACUUCACCCCACACCCGGAUUCCGCAGACAUUGAGGACUCGACCCUUUCUCAGAAGUCAACUUUGUCAGCACAAAAGGUGUUAAAUCCAUUGCCCGCUCCUGAAAAGUACAGAAAGCGAAGAACGCCUGGCAGGAGAUCCCAGGCUCCUGCGGACCAGGAGGGUCUGAGACGCCUGGAGAGACCGACCAUGUCGUCGAGCCCCGAGGAGACUCUGAGCAGGCAGAGUGGCUCAGAGGGCCGGAGUGAAAGGACCUUGUCUCGCUCAGAGGUGUCGGAGCCUGAGGACGAGGAGCCCUGCGGCAGGAGUGGCACCAGAGAGGAGGUUCCCAAACUGUACUCUGCUGUGCCACCCGGGAAGAAGGCUGCGCUGGAGGUGGCACUUCUGGAGGCGCUCCUUGACCUGGUGGACAGGUACUGGAGCGGCUGCAAGUCCCUGCAUGGCAAUGAGGUGUUCCGGGCCCAGGCAAGACAUAUUUUGUCCUCGGUGCAAGCAUUUACAGCAACUCAGGAGAGUUCAACAAGUGCGAGUGAGGAAAUGAGCUUCCUUACGCUGGAGAAUAAGCCUCUGCAGCAGCGCCUUGCUGAGCCGCAACGGUACCGCGUGAAGAUGGGCGAGCUGGCGUCGGACCUCAGCGAGGCGCGGAAGCAGGUGGGUGACCUGAGACAACGUUUAGACAGAUCUUUGGAGGAGAAUAGCAGCUUAAAGGCUCUUUUGUUCAGCAUGAGAAAAGAAGCAAAAAACACAGACACGGCAACUGCGUUAAACGUGCAGAUCACCGGACUCCAGACGAGCGUGAAGAGGCUGGCCGGUGAGAUCGUGGAGCUGAAGCAGCAUCUGGAGCACUACGACAAGGUCCAGGAGCUCACGCAGAUGCUGCAGGAGAGCCACAGCUCCCUGGUCAGCACCAAUGAGCACCUCCUUCAGGAGCUGAGCCGGGUGCGGGCGCAGCACGAGGUCGAGGUGGAGCAGCUGCACUGGAGCUACCAGGAGCUCAAGAAGACGCUGGCCUUGUUCCCACACAGCCGCGUGGGCCGCUAGCCCCGGCGCUGCGCGUGCCCUGCCCCGCCCGGUACAGCGGCGCCACUUGUGCACCCGGUGUGCUUGCUGGCGAGGGCCGCUCUCCUGCUCGUCAUCACCUCGUGCACUGAGACGUAUUCGGGGCCCAUCGCUCAGGUUUCUGACACGUCCGAAGUCAGGACGGGUCGGUCUGUGGGGAGUCCGCCCGCGGCCGUGCGUGGUGUGGCCUCUGCAAAGGCCGGCGACUGGGAGUGUCACUCCCCAGACUCCAGCAGCUGCUCACGUUUCCUGAAGCACAGCUGAGAUUUUACCCAAAAAGAUAACCUAAGCCCUUCACAUGUUUUGAGACAAGAAACACUGAUACAUUUUGAGAUCAACAUUAUUAAUUUUUCAUAAAAUACUUGGAGACAAAGAAAACAGUAUUUUUCUCCCUGAUGUAGAAGAGAAUGGCGUCUGAUCACUAAGAGAUUUUGUGUGACACUCAGUCUUUGUUUAAUAAACACAUAGAUUGUUUUAAAAAGUGGCUCUUUAUAAAUUAUAACUGAGUUUUUCUCAUUGAAUCCUUUCCUAAAAGAAGCUAUGCACCAAGUAAGCAGGAGCAAGUACGUUCCAAGACUAAUAGAAGGGACGCUUGGAGGCCAGGGCAACAGGAGCAGCACUGUUUGCCGACACGAACGUCCACACAGAAGUAUCUCUGUCGGCCCCUCCCGCCCCGUGUUGCCCUCUUGCUUACGGUGCGU